AUGCCAAUCCAAGAACAGAUCCGUGUCGAGACCAAAAACUUUGCCCCCGGCGUCCUGCCGCUAUCUGCGCGCACAUUUCGCUUCGUAUCGUGCUUGCGCAUCGUUACAGGUGACGACGACAUCCCGCUGCAUUUCGUUUGCCUCAUUACGGCGGCCUUUUACAACGACGACGACCAACCCGUCUGGAGUCGUCGCGUUCUCCUCUACAAGAUCAUUCCCGAAAGCCACCACACUUCUGCUGCGAGCCAAGAUCUUGUCGAGUACCAGCGCUUUCCAGAAUCCCAGCAGAGUCGCGCUCAAGACGACGACGCCACUUCUUCAGCGUCUGAUGAUAGCCAACUUAUCAGCCACCUGACACAAGAGGAGUACCAUCAGCAGCUCGCAAACCGCUGUGAGGAUCGCACACCCGUCGCACAUUACAACCACCAGCAUCACCCUGUGGGAUACCACUUACACGCGCAAUAUCAAGGUCACGCCCACCAUCAGAUUCACACAAACAAUCCCACCAGCCCACACCCCCAGGCCUACUUAACCCCCAACUGCGCCAUUCACUCCCCCAGUACCUUGAGUUCGAACAACCAAAUUAUCGCAACAACCGACCGCCCCUCGAGUGCCGGCCACUGGUACACGUCUUUUAAUCCGCAAGAGCGUCGCUGGGUCAAUACCUGGCAGCCCAACUGA